GCGGGGCGGCGGCGGGGGGCGGGGCGGCCUCCCCGUUCGCGGGUGGAGCCCCCAGCCUCCUCCCGGCCUCGUGCCCGGCACGUGGCGCUGGCCUGGCUCGAUGCUGCCGGGCCCCACGGGGCCCGUGGCUCAUGCGGAGGGUGAGUGCGGGGGUUUCACCGCCUCCGGCAGCGCAUUGGUUUGACGCCAACGUGCGAGUUCAACCGUGGCGUAAACCACGGCCGAAGCCUGGCACCGGCCCGAGGACACCAGCUCCAGCCGUGCCAAGGGAGGCGCCACGGCUACCUGCUGCUCCGUGUGCGCGUUCCCGCUGGCGGCAGAAGGGCUUGGCCGGGCCGGCCGCCGGAGCUGUGGUUCGGUCUGCAGAGCUCUGGGGUUGCCGCGGCUGCAGGUGCAGAGCUGGGGGUUGGCUGCGCGGGCUGGCUGUGGCCGCGGGCUGGAGUUUUUGCGCUGCUGACGUUCUCCGCGAUUCUGCCGAAGGUUUUACAGCUGGAGGAGGCCCUGGUCGCUGGUUGGUAGAGCUGUGGUUUGUGACAAAGAACAGGGACCGUUUCCUGGCAGUUAGCGCGUCCUAGAAUAACUGUCCAUACUCCGAGGAAUGUUCCACAACGGGUGAAGCUGUUCCCAUACAAAAUUAUUGUCGGGCAGAAAAUGUUUCUUCUGCCGUUGUUGAAAGCUUCUGGAUUACAGUAAAACCUGAAGCCAUUACGAAUGGCUUGGACCUGAAUUCUGGACAUAAUUCUGCAGCUUCAUUUGCAAACUCAACGUAGAUUUCCAGAUUUCCUUCAGCAUUGCAGGCUGUAUGUACCGAGUAGUUCAGACGACGGGACCCGAUGGAAAAAACCUUCUGAAAUUACUUCCAAUUUCUAAAUCUUCUGGGAGCUUUGUGCCAGUAGUUCAGUCUUCAGCCAUGCCAAAUAAUUCUAAAGCGAGUAUUUGUAGUCCGGUCCAUCUUACUUUUAAGACACAGCUUGCCAAUACUACUGCACCUUCAUCUGUUAAGAUACCUGUUUUUCAGUCUCCUAAUUCUGGAAACAUUUUUCUUACAAGAAAAUCAGACAAAACCAAAAGCGUUAGGGCAGGUUCUGAAAAAGAAAGCUCAGUUCCAAAAUCAGCUGCUAACAUCCAGAGCAGCUGUGUUUCAGCUGAUAGACUGUCUUUGCAGAACAUUGCUGUAACAAGUUCAUCUAACCAGAGUAACACUGCAUACAUGUUGGUAAACACAAAAACUCUUCCAGUUUCUAUGAAAUCUCCAAUACUGCCCUCUGGCCACCACCUCCAGAUACCAGCUGAUGCAGAAGUGAAAUAUGUCCCAGCUUCUUUUUUGCCACCUGCAAUACAGCAAAAAAUACUUGCAGCUGCAGCAACGAAUGUGUCUGGAGGAGCUGACAGUAAAAAAAUGCCGACUGUUAUUUACGUGUCACCAGUGAACACAGUGAAAACAGUGUUUCCCAAGUGUUUGCAAGCCAUUUGCUCAAAACCUGCCACAGAAGUUUCAAAAACAUUAAUAAUGACUGCUACACAAACGGGAAAUAGCUGUUCUCCUGAGACAGUAACAUCUGAUGGUCAGCAGUGCCAGCAAACUCCAAUGAAAUGGAUUGUGCAAGAAACUCCACAGUCAUCAACGCCUUGCCUUAUUCCUGUAAAGUCAUCGAAUAAUAUGGCUUCUAAGAUCUUGAAAACUUUGUCAGACAUGAAGAAUGUAGAAGUUAACUCUGCAAAUAUUUUACCACUCUCUUCUAGUGGUCCUGGUGGAAGCCAAACCAAAAUCACACCUUUUAAAGAUAAUGCUCUGGUCAUGUACAAUGGGAAGGUGUAUUUGUUGACCAAAAGAGGCUCUGAUGAUCUGUCAGCCCAAGCUGACAAACAAGCAUGUUCCUCUUCUGAUGAUUCACUUAAGGAGACAUCCAAGCUAAUUGAUUCUACUGCAGUUAAUAAAAUAACCAAUAAAGUAGUGAAGCUGGUUUUGUCAAAAAGCAAAGGAAUGGUGCUGCCUCAGAAAGAUCCAAAAACAUGUGCAAACUCAAAAAAUUCUUCACCAUCUGGCUUAAGAAAUGAUUUAAAUUCUGCACCUGCAGCUCUGGUGGCACCAAGUACUAAUGAGCAGAAUUCCACUGUUAACCAGAGAAAGAGUUUGCCCUUCACCAAGAGCAUUUCAAGUGGAGUGACCCCUAUUACAGCAGUAGGGACACAAGAAAAUGUAUGCCAAAAUGGCAAAGAAAAGAGUCACUCCCCCAAAGCAGCAAGUGCUGUUUUACCUCAGUCUAAGCAAGAGUGUGCUUUCAGUGAAGACUGGCAAAAGGUCCAGUGUGAAAAGAUGGAUUCACUGAGAAAGGUUAUUCAAAUCAAAUACCAAGAGAAGCCACAUUGGAAACAGUACUUGGAAUUAAGGAAAAAAUUUGGUCUGUCUAAGGAGGAGAGAGUAUACCUUAGGAGAAUACCAUUAAGGACCUCCUGUGAGACACCAGAAGAAAGAGUUUGUUCCAGUAACAGCUUGAAAAGGGAAAAUGAUUCUUGCAGUUCAUCAUCAUUAGAUGUGGAAGUAAUAAGUCAACAUCGGGAAUGUGUUAAAGAGGAAAAGGUGAUUGUGGAUCUGGAAGAGGAGUUGACUAAGAAACGAAAAAUAAAACCUUCACCACUGUCAGACAGCAGAAAGAGAAGGAAGACUUCAGUCAAAUCAACCGCAAGUCCAAGUUCAGAAAAUAUCAGCUCAGGUGCUGGUGUACUCAACAAAAGUGUUUCACCUCCACCAGUCUCAUCACAGCACAGUGUUUCCACAGACUUUGUCACAUCAUCCCCAGGGAAGGACUCUGAGCCAGACCCAUACGGUCAAUAUAGUGAUCUUGCAGACUUAAAUAUUCCAGUUUUAGUGUCUGGUGAGGAUUAUGCUUCAGUUCCUGAAGGUUCUUUUAGAAAUGAUGCUUUCCCUUUGACUCCACCAGAUUUGGAUGAAACAAUACGGGAUGAAAAAAUAAAACGACUUAAACAGCUUCUAAGAGAACGAGAAGCAGCACUUGAAGAAGUACGUAAAAAAAAUGCAGCAGAGUUGAAAUACUGAAGCUGGUGAUCUGGACCAUACUCAUCUUCAUUUCAGUGACUUCAGGAAGAAAUUCCUUGUUUAAACGAACCUGAUUUUUUCUGGUGGAUGGAAGAUCUUAAUGAAAUUUAUAGUGUGUAUGUAUUUAGAAACGUACAAGUAUCUUGUUACGUACUAGAAAUGAAAGACUUGGACCAUCACAUUCUGCUUCUGGGACAUUACAUGUAUGAAAGAAUGCAGAAGAUAGGAAUUUUUGUUAAUGUAUUCUCUAUAUUUUGAAUUGAGGAGUUUCUGUAUUAGCCCUAGCAAAUAAACUUUCCCACUUUGGAAUUCCAUGGCCUGUCUCUUAGAAACUGAAUGUACAAUGCAAACCUCAACUGUAGAUUUUUUUUUUUGUUAGUUUUCCUAAUGUGUGUGGCAACUUUUAUGAGCUCCUGAGAACUAUCAAUUGUUAUUAAAGGCCAAUGAUUAGUGUUUAAUACAUGCUGUUUAAGUGACCUGGGAAUUAGACUUUAGGCAGUAAGAUGCAGAUAUUUAUACAAAACUUCUUACAGAUGUGAAGAUGGAAGCAGUAGAAACCCCUGCUGACAGUUAUUUAGAUACAUGUUGUUUACUGUUACAAGCCUUUGUAAGGCCUUUGCCAGCUGUGCACUGCUGAAGUUUGGUUGUUGGGAUUAUUUGUGUGUGUGGGAUGUGUGUAUAUUUUUUAAACAGAAUUAUGUUGAAUAAUAACUUAUUGAUGCAAAAAAGGCAUCUUUCUUUAUUCAGGAGAGGUAUCUUUAAUAACUCUUGAUGAGCAUCUUUUCCAUUUAUUUGUUCAGUUGCCAUUUGAACAUGUCUCUUGCUGCCUUCAUUUGGUGCUACCUUAGUUUUGCAUUGUGGGAGAGAAUAUUUGCUCAAAAUGUCUUUGCCAUUAUGAUUUCUAUAGAUCUUUGUACUGUAUUUCCCCAGCAUAUUCUGUCCUGUGUUUGUACAAUGUCUUUCACGAUCCUCUGUUGUCCAUGUCACUGAAUCCUGGAAAGACCCUUCAGCAGCUCUUCAGUCUUUAUUGUUACAGCCAUCAAUAACUUUUGCCAACAGAA